AUGGACGCAUGCGUGCUUCCCUUGACCCACUCUAUCAUGCCACUGAUUACCCCAGGCCUCCGAAAGAUAACAAAUCUGCAGCAAGUUGUAACCCUUGAGGAUGAAGUUACUGCUUGGAAACAGCUUCUCCCUGCGUUCGCAGAGAGGUGCCGUACAUGGAAACACACCGAGAGUCCCCUCUGUGGAUGCGGACAGGGAAAAAAUCUUGGGCCGUUCUCUCAAACCUCAGCCUGGAAAGACUUCGCACCUUUUGUUACCAGGAUUGCGCUUGCACCCCUAUUCAGCACGUCGUUUGUGAAUAACCCACUCUCUUCCAAGUUGGAAACCUCGAACAGUGAUACCAUUGGGGAGGAUCGAUGCAAACACUGCGGAAACCGAAACUUUUGGCGUGUGGUGCCUGUAAGGUGGCUAAGUACUGCUCUGCCCCAUGUCAAAAAGCGGACUGGAAAAAGCACAAGGCUUCUUGCACUGUUACCAAGUAGCUACCUGAUAAUUUAACGUUGGAAUGCAAAGUGUAGUACUUAGCACAAAAUAUCCUUGAUGUCUUUGUUC